GAGGUGAAGGACAGAGAGGUGAAGGACAGAGAAGAGGUGAAGGACAGAGGAGAAUAGUGGUAAAAAUGAUACUUGUAUAUAUUUUUAACAAUAAUAUAACAAUAAUAAUAAAAGCCUCACAACUGGAUCUGGAUCCCGCAGCUCAGGAGUCCCAGGUGCCUGCAGAGCCAGCACCAGAGACAGAUCAGCAUGUCCUUCAUGAGCUGGAGAGAAGGAAGAUCCUGGUGUACACACCGUCCCGCUGUGUCAACGGUAAGAGGGUGGUCUGCUACGAUGACCGCUACAUUGUCAAGCUGGCCUUCGACUCGGACGGCAUCAUCGUGUCCAACGACAACUACCGCGACCUUCAGACGGAGAAUCCGCAAUGGAAGAAGUUUAUAGAGGAGAGACUGCUGAUGUACACUUUCGCCAACGACAAGUUCAUGCCCGAUGACCCUCUGGGCAGAAAUGGUCCAACCAUUGAUGAUUUUCUGAGAAAGAAGCCGAGAAGCACCGACAACAAGCUGCAGCACUGUCCAUGCGGUAAGAAGUGUACGUACGGAGUGAAGUGCAAGUUCUACCACCCGGAGCGGACCAACCAAUCACAGCUCUCUGUGGCCGAUGAGCUGAGGGCGCUCAGAGACAGAGCCAAGAACUUCUCACCCAGACCGAGCAUGCAGGACACGACCUUCUGCCCUGCCGCGUACCAGCUGGAGCACAGGUACAGCUGCUCCACGCCUCCACCCGUCAGCACGGAGGAGACGCAGUCACACAGAGCUUCACCCAGCGAGCUCUUCAUCCAUCACAGAGACUCCAGCAGCCCGAGGAGCCUCCACCACUGUCCCAGCACAGACGUCGACGAGGCCUUUGGUUCCAUGGAGAGCUCCAUGUCCCGGCUUCACAUCCGGGACAUGUCCUUUAGCACGGAGCUGCACCCUCACAGCUACAGCAGCGGUGUGGGCAGCUGCAGCCUGAGCCACCAGGACUGCUCCCUACCAGGCUCGUACAGAGGGAGCAUGCAGAGGCCCUGUCUGAGCGCUGGGUACUGCAGCCAGUGCAGCUGUGGUCAGCAGCAGAGCCUCCAGCAGAGCCUGCAGCAGAGCCUGCAGCAGCAGCCUGCCUGGUCCUCCUGCCCGGCUCUGCUUCAACACAAACAUGUGUCAGAGACCCAGCACUUCAACAGACACAGCCACGCCCACACCGCGCCCACAGAGCCGUGGCUGCAGGGGCUCAGCGGUCGGGAGCAGAAGCCGAGCGCGUCCUGUGAGCGGAGGAAGGACCUGAGGAGCCAGCUGAGCACCCUGUUCCCUCAGAGCACAGUGGAGCGGGUCAUGAACGCUUACCCAGACAUUUCAGACAUGUCCGCACUGAUCCCGCUCAUCCAGAGCUACAGGACCAGCCACAUCUCCCUCUGACCCUCACGCACGCACACACACACACACGCAGACACACACAC